UCCACAGCUGCACAUCACACUCUAGAGCCUCUCGACUGCGACAAGUAGCCAUUCUCCAGCGACGCGGUUCAAGCAUCAGCAGGGCAGGGGGAGAACGUCGCUCACACGCGACCGCUACGAUGCCAUGGCAGCCUUCAACUCCAUGCCGCCCAUGUCGUCUGGCGCUCCUGACGGGAUGCACCACCAUCAGCACCACAUGAUGACCCACCAGCCCGAUCUCAACGGCAUGCAUUUCGAGGAUGCUAUCUUUGAGGACGCUUUACUAGAGAGCGGCGCUCUUCCGCACAUACCCUUCACUCCAUCAUACGACUUUGACAACUUUGCAACCACCUUUGAAGAUCCCUUCCAAUACUCGGCGGCAAGAGCCUUUGAACCGCCCCCCAACCCAGCCAACGUCAACGAUGAAGCUUCCCCGCAGGAGCUCGACAACAAGCUCUUGGGCUUCUCCGAACCCACAGUAUCAGCAACAGUACUUGACGAGGUGGGCAACAUUGGCGAGACGAACAUGUCUGCCGAAUUAUACGGCAUGUUCUUUGUCGCCGAGGACGUGUUUGGAGCUGAGAGUACGGGUCGGCCUCUGGAAUUGACAUGCUAUCGCCGGAACUUGUGGCAAUGCACGGGGCAGAUCACAUUGCCACGAAUUAUUUCACAUAUGAUUGACGAAAAGGGCCGGCAAAUACCGUUGAUGGACUUGUCAGCGACUAUCACGGCCGUUGAAUCUAUCGAAGGCAAACCGACAGAAAUCAUCUCGAUCCCUUGGAAGAGUUCCAAUCCUCAAGCGCCAGAAGAGUCGAAAGUGGCCGGACCACCACCCAGUCUUUCGCUCGACUUGGCAUCUGGCCAGGAGCUGGACGCCAACCGAGUGGCCCUGCCUGUUUCUUGGAAGCGUCUCCAGUUCAAGCACGCGACGGCGAACAAUGGACGACGCAAAGGCCUGCAGCAGCACUACGUGGUCCAAAUCAGCCUUUUGGGGAAUACAAAGGCGGGCGAGACCAUCACCAUCGCGGAGAUCAGGUCAGGUCCCGUGAUUGUGCGUGGGCGAAGCCCGAGGAACUUUGACAGUCGCAAGGAUGUUCCUCUGACGGGUGAUAAGAGACUCGAGAGGAGGAACACCGCGGGCUCCGCCGAUCAGAUGAUCAAGACUGAGAGAGAUGCCUUCCAGGCAAGCCUACAGAAGCCACAGUCCUUGGGAGCGGUGCCGGCACGGCAGAGCAACGAAUGGGUGACGCCACAGCCUUUCACACAGCCUAGUCAGGGCUCGCAUCCCGCGAAACGUAUGGCUAUCUCACCCACAGUGGCGAAACCGCCCGUCCCUGGCUGGUCAAGGGACUCAGCGAGCUCUUUCAAGCAGGGCCCUAAUGCAGCACAAGCGAUGAAAGCGGCACGGAACAGUACCUCGGCACCUAUCAACUUGUCCCUCUCUGACGACGAGAGAAGCCCGAACCGCUCGAGCGCCGAGCUACCAAGCCCGCAUGCAGGCAAGAUCCAAGCCGUACCCGGGCUGGCACCAGGAAGCAGUCCACCCGAGGAAGAAGACCCCCUCUACGAGUACUUCCCUCUGAGCGUGGACGAUUGGAUGCCACCGGUUGACGCGGUGUACCGACCUCACGUCGUUCACCAUACCAUUGUACCGCCUGAGGUCAAGGCGCAGCAGGUGCAGAGCAAGACAAAGCGAUACUUUGUUGUCGAAUGAUUCCGAGUUCAGUUAUUGUCUUGGUGCCGUAUGGAGAGAGAAAUAUGGACUGCACAUGUACCAUACACGCAUCAGCGUUGAUUUCGAGAAUGGCGUGAAUGGAGCCAUUGUGUUGUAUACUGAUUAUACCCCGGCAAAGAUGGCAGCCUAGUUGGUUUCUGGUGAAUCUCUAACUGCAGAUUU